AGUAAUUCUUAUCUUUACUAUAGAGGGCUCGAAGUUCUGUAGGAAUUUGAUGGUGGCACAUCUUUGAGAUGAGUGGAUGAGUGGCGCAACUUCGUUUAAACAACUGAUCUAACGUGAUCUAACAUGGUUUAACGAAAUUUGCAGAAGAAAGUAUCUACGCAUUUUGAAAAACUUUAAUAAAUGAAUGGACAGAUUAUUUGUUUAUAUCUGACAUGAAAGUAUUUCAUAAUUUCAUAGGUAUAUCCGGUACAAUGUAGCUCAUGGUGUUUGAUAAAGACUAGUUUGUGGUAUAAGUUUAUAUGAGAUUAAAUAAUUAGUAUAUUAUAUAAAGAACUGGCUAGUUUCUUCUAGUCAAAAGAUUGAUUUCACUUUCUUGAAAGUGAAGAAGCUUUAUAAAAUUCCAAAGUAACUACUAACAUAGUACACUAUGAACAAAACGCCAGUAUCGAUAUUGCAAGAGAUGAUGGUGAAGAAGGGAACGGUUCCAAACUAUGAACUUAUUUAUGACGGAGGAGGUUCCCACAUAAACACGUUCACGUUUCAAGUAACAUGUGAUGGUUUGUCCGCAACGGGAACAGGACGUUGUAAAAAGGAUGCAAAACACGAAGCAGCCAAAACUAUGCUAGAAACCAUUGCAAAGCAUAGAAGUUACCCACAACUUCCAGCAUCUCCUGCGCAGUCCCCAAUGAGAACACCGCUACCAGCACAAAUACCACCAUCCCCAAAGAUUCCUCCAAAUGCACCAUUCAUAAAUGCCAUUGGCGCGUUACAGGAUCUUUGUGCUGAGAAUGAGCUGCGCGGGCCAGAGUACGUUGCGAUAAGCGACGUGGGACCACCACAUGCCAGAGUUUUCACUAUUCGCUGUAUUGUUUCUACCUUUAAAGAAGAGGGUACGGCUACAACAAAGAAGCAAGCAAAACAUGAUGCAGCAAAGAAAAUGUUAGACAGAAUAAUGGACGUUGUCUCUGAUAUACGUUCUUCGGAUGCCACCGAUUUUAAGUUACAAAAUGAAGAAAGCAGAAAACAGGAAAUGAUGGCCUCUGAAAUUGCCAAAGCCAGAUACCCUGGUCUCUGUCCUAAUCCCGCGACAACUAAGAAAGUGAACUUGGGUAUGAAACUGUGCCAGUAUCAUACGAAAUUAAAAAGCAGUUAUGACGAAAAAGCGCGUGAAGAGUUCCUAAGCACCAUCAGCACCCUGGGCCUUGUUGCAGUUAACCUUAAAGCUGAUAAUAUGAAUAAUAUAUCCAUCGAAGAAUCUAUCAUACAGUUGAGAAAAGAUUUUCAUGAGCUAAUGAAAUCCAUGAAAAUUGACUUUCAGAAACAUUUAAUAGAAGUCGAAGAUAAAUCUCGUAUCAUGACUGCCAUAAGGUUGAAUACGAGUCCUGAAAUUAUAGAAUUUGGUUUUGGUUGUACACAUUAUGAAUCUGAAUUGUCAAUGAUGUUCAAUAUGCUAAAAACAUUAGAAAUACUGUUAGAGUAACUUACAGUGAGAUUUUUUAAAUUUGAUAUACCGACGUUCUUUCAUUUAACAAACUAUGUAAUUCUGUUUUAGAGCAUUAGAGUUCAUUAAAAGUCCGUAGAUUUGACAAAACACAAUACGUACAGGUGACGUUUGAAAAUAAUAUGUGAUGUUAUAUAAUAUCAUUGCUAUAAUCUUUUUUUUUUGAGUCCUGUAUUUUUUUUAUAUUCCCAAGAAGAUUCAAACGAUGCUUAUCUAUUUUCUAACGUAAUUAUGAUAAAUUUAUUUUGUUUAACCCGUAACAUGAUUACAUUUUUACCAGUGAGACAUUUAUAAACGAUACUGAGUGUACUGCUUUCCCAUUUAGAUGACUAGGAAGAUUCCUCGAUGUUUUUGUUGUAAAAGCAAAAGAUGCAAAUUUGCUGUAUCGCCCGUUGCGGAGGAUUGCCUUAUUAGUUUUUAGGAAGAAUAGUCGAACGAAACAACAAAGAUUUAUUUUUAUAGUUUUAUAAAAAACAUUAUUAUUGAAGCAUACUUGAAUGUAACUAUUGGUUAGCAACUAUCCAUUUUUUAUUUUUUUCGUUUUAUCAAAAUUGUUUUUUCGUUUCAUCAAAAUCGUUCUAUAAGUGUUAUUAGUGAUCUUAUUGAUACUCUUACUGUACCGUAAAUAGUCGUUACUUAACAAUCCCAAAGUAAAGAAAACAACAGUCAUAAAAAAAAAAAGAAUAAAAAAUGAUAAUUUUCCGCCAUCAUAAGCAAAAUUUGUCAUGACCGAUUAGUCAAUAUAUUGAAUUCUUAUGUUCCUUUGUAAAAUGAAUUCACAGAAAGCAAAUUUAGCAAAAUAAAAAAAGCAAUGUUUCAUAAUGA